AUGGCCACAAGUGGGAGAGAAAAAGAAUUUGAAUAUCGCAUUUUACGAUUGACUGAUGUUGCUAAAGAGCCACUGCAACGUCUAGCGCCCAUCCAUGGAUAUGAAGACAUGCCGCUUGUUUCUCUAGAAAAAGCUGUCGUGCCGCUCAUCUCUCUUGUGCCAGCUAUCCAAGAAUAUACCUAUGUGGCCAAACAUAGCUGUAGUGAUCCAGCUGAUGAUUUGACUCAAGAUGAAUCAGCUGCUAUCAUGCUUUAUUCAAUGGUAUGGGAACCACUCGAUCAAUGUUUGUAUGUAGCCUUGAAUGCAGUUCUACGCUUACCAGAUAGACGACAUCUCAAACCAUGGUUUUUCUUUCUCAAACUCUUUCUAACUGCACUCUUUCGUCUUCCAUCGAUUACACAUCGUACAGUUUAUCGAGGAGUCAAGUUGAAUUUGCACGAACACUAUAAGCAGGGGGAAACAGUGAUAUGGUGGGGCUUCUCAUCAUGUACUACCUCAAUCAAGGUUUUAGAGGCUGAACAGGCUUUGGGAAAAACGGGCCCAAGAACAAUAUUCUGCAUUGAAUGCGAUUCAGGAAAAGAUAUUCGAAAACAUUCUUAUUAUUCAACAGAAGAUGAAAUACUUCUUCCGCCUGCAACUCAAUUCGAAGUUGUCGCAUGUCUUGAUGCUGCUCCAGAUCUUCAUGUGAUUCAUCUCAAAGAGACGCUGCCACCAUUUCCACUUUUACAACCAAUCCCAUAUGCCAUUCCACAGAAAGCAGCAGCUGUUUGCGAGCUAUUAGAAACUAAAGCGCGUAAGCAUUUUAAAUAA